AUGGCCGAUCACGGUCGACAUCUCGUGCACAGCCACGCCCACGAGGAAGAUAUUCCGGGGACAGUGAAUUUGAAGGCUGCUGAGGGCGAUGACACUGGUUACGGACAAGCACUCUUUCCUGUGCCAGCAGAGGACCCUAAUGAUCCUCUACAGUGGUCUCCGUUCAAGAAGAAUAUGAUCUUGAUCAUCUGUUCGCUGUACUCUUUCCUUGGCAAUUCAGCUUUGCUUGGACCUGCCGUCUACAUCGGCAUCUACUCAGAAGAGUUCCAUAUCACGCCGACGAAAGCCUCUGGACUCGUCUCCUAUUCGAACCUGGCUUAUGGAUUCGGCUCUCUUUUGCUGGUGCCAAUGUAUCUCAAAUUUGGAAGAAGGCCUAUAAUGCUGGGUUCAAUUCUUGCUUUUGCCGGCGGCCUCAUUGGAUGCUCUCAAUGCAACACCUUCGAUUCCUUAAUGGCCUGCCGUGUGAUUCAAUCAUUUGGAGCAGGCGUCUGCGAAGCGCUGCCGGUCCAGCUGGUCAAUGAUAUCUUCUUCAUCACGAACGCGGCAAGCGCCUGGGGCCCCAUUUACGCUGGGUACAUGCUUGCGGGAGGCUACUCCUGGAGACUGUUCUUCUAUGUCGGGUUUGCCUUUGCAAUGGGCUUAUUCAUCCUGGCUUUCUUCUUCGUCGAGGAGACCGCGUACGAUCGUGAGUCGAUGAAGUCCCAACUUGGUCCAGCAACAGUCGUCGACGAGAAAGGGACUGGGAAUCAGCUGGUUGAGGUCCCCUCCAAUGCCAUUGGUCGCAAGUCCUUUGCAGCUACCCUCAAGCCAUGGUCCAGAGUCUACGAAGGGCCCUUUUUUCAAGUCAUGCUCCGCUCUUUCACGUACUUUUUGGUCCCGAGCGUCUUCUGGGUAGUGACGACUUAUGGUAUCAACAUUGGACUGGGAGCAUUGGCGUUCAACUAUACCUUUCCAAUAUUUAUUGUCCAGCCGCCGUAUAACUGGUCACCCACCAAUUCUGGCCUCAUUGCCGUCGCAUCUGCAAUAGGAUUCUUUUUGGCUAUCCCCCUCACGACCACAUCGGACCGGUUGGCUGCCCGACUGACCAAAAAGAACAACAUGGUCCGCGAAGCAGAAAUGCGUCUGGGAGUCCUCCUCGUCCCUCUGCUCAUUGGUCCUGCUGGCCUCAUACUCUACGGCUAUGCCGCUCAAGAGCACCUUCAUUGGAUAACCUACUUCGUCGCAGUUUCCAUGACGUCCUGGGGCUCGUACUUCUUCUUCACUUUUACACUAGCUUACGCAGUGGAUUCCCAUACAGCCAGCAUGUCAGAAAUGCUGAUUGCGAUGAACUUGGGCAAGCAGGCUAUCUCUUUCGCCAUGGGCAUAUAUCUCCUGGACUGGAUCCUGACAAUCGGAUACGUGAAGAUGAUUGCAGGUAUCUUCUGUGGUCUUCUACUCCUCAACAACCUGGCAGUCAUUCCGUUCAUGUUGUUCGGAAAGAAGAUUCGAAUUGCAUUUUCGAAGACUUGGCUGGCAAAAUGGCACAGCCAAACAGCAACAGUGGGCGAGACUCAUUAG